UGAGCAAGAGCAAAUUUAUCUUGCUCGUGAGCUUGAUACAGCAGCGGCCAUGGCGAGGGCAAUCCUAAUCCAGCUACACUCCGACCAAACCGCGCCUGAUCUCCUCGUGAUCGUCGCCGCUGCCGCCGUCGCGUUGUUCGUCGUGUCGCUCUGCACGAGCAGCCAGCACGCCAAGGUGUGGAAGCCGCAGCAGAGCGGGUCGUCGCCGCCGCUGAAGGCGGAGGAAGCCGCAGGCGGCGGAGGCAGCCGGAAGCCGCAGCUGCUCGCCACCCUCAGUGGCAUCGGCGGCAAGGCGGCGGCCGUGGCCAAGAUGGUGUCGUGGAACAGGCGGGCGCGGCCGGGAUGCAGCAGCGACGACGACGAGGAGGUGGAUGAGAUGAGAUCCGCCGCCGCCGUGGCGGUGGAGGAGGAGGAGGAGGCUCUGUGGAGGAAGACGAUCAUCAUGGGCGACAAGUGCCGGCCGCUCCAGUUCUCCGGACACAUCACCUACGACUCCGACGGCAACCAGCUGCCGGCGGCGACCAUCAAGAAAGGCGGCGCAGCCGAUGCCUCCAAUAGUAUUUAGUAUAACUGGUUAUGUUAUAGGUCCAUGGAUUGGAGAUCGAUCGAGAGAGGGAGAAAAAUGUUGUAAAUGGAGUGAUGUGCACAAUGACAAUGUGCUAGCUAGAGAGGAACAUGGGUAAGCAGCCAACCUAUUUCUCUAGAGAAAAUAAAAUAAAAUAAAAUCACUAGUGAUUACAACUAUAUGUCUCAGUUGCAUAUGAUACGCGUAGACAUGUACUCCGUAGUGGUAGAGUAUAUAAAUUCGACGUACAGCAACAUAUCGAUCGUCAAGGACUAAACGGUCAGUUGGGUUUGGUAGCUGCUGGAUUUGCGGACGAGCUCAGGCCGGCGGUGGGCAAGGAGAAUUGGGCCCAACCCAAUACGGACGUUUAUCAACAGCACUCUCCGU